AUGGGGCCCUCGUACCUCACCCUCUUUCUGGGGAUUCAUGUCUCCGUAGCAGCGGAGCUGCUCUUUCGUCGUCGCGGUAAUGAUGAUCGAGGUGGCCGCUGCGGCGAACGCCCUCCGCGGCCUCUCCAACGAGACGGCCGCGACUCCCGCGCAGCUGCUGCAGUCGGCGGACUGGGUGUCCCGCGGCUCCUGGAUCCUGCACGGCAACGGCUGCGCCCAGAUCGGGCGAGCGUGGGAGAGAGCAGCGCAUACGAGCUCACGCCAUGCGGCCUCGAGAGCCUUCACGCGCUCCUGCUGCUCGUGGGCCUCUGCACCACGAUCGUGAUGGUCGUCUGCGCCUUCGCCUUCUUUAGGGAG